AUGCUGAACAAGAAACUGUCUGAGAACGAUGUGCGAGCGCUGUUCGCUGGUCACGGUGCCAUCGAGGAGUGCACGGUGCUCAGGGACGCCCAGGGCCAGAGCAAGGGCUGUGCCUUCGUCACGUUCGUGUCGAAGCAAGCCGCCAUCGCCGCUAUCAAGGCCUUACAUCACAGUCAAACGAUGGAGGGCUGCUCGGCGCCGCUAGUAGUGAAGUUCGCCGAUACGCAGAAGGAGAAGGAGCAAAAGAAGUUGCAAGCGAUGCAGGCGAGCCUCUGGGGCCUAACGACCCCCGUGACGCCGGCGGCGUACCUGGCCUCCGAGGCGGCGCUCUCGCCCGCGACGCAACUGCAGCUGCUGCAGCAACUGCAGGCGGUCGGUCUGCAGCAGCAACUCCUGCAGGGUCAGGGGUCGACGUUACUCCAAGGUGUUAACUAUCAGGAUAUCGGUUUCAAUGGCGCAGGCCUGAGUGGUAGCGCCGUGAGUGGAGUCGGCGGGGUGGGGGGUAUCGGUGGGGGGGCGGCCGAGCAAUUGGGUGGUCUCCUUGCUCCCGUCUCGGUGCAGAACCUGGCCGCUUUAGCCGCCAUGACUCAACCCCCUGUUGUUACGCAAGCUGCACCCAUAGCACCCGCCGCCGCGCCUCAGCCUGCCGCUCCGCAGCUCUGUCUUCUCGGGAAGACUAACAUCACAGGGUCGACCGCGGAACCGCUGAGUUCAGCGUACGCUGCGCAGUUUGGCUCCGCGUUCGCCGCAGCGCCACUGGGUUCCGUCCUGGGCUCGGCCGCCGCGGCAGCCGCCGGCAAGCAGGUCGAAGGUCCGGAGGGGGGCAACCUUUUCAUAUACCACCUGCCGCAGGAGUUCACCGACACGGACCUAGCGUCUACCUUCCUCCCCUUCGGCCACGUGAUAUCGGCCAAAGUGUUCAUAGACAAACAGACGAACCUUUCAAAGUGUUUCGGCUUUGUCUCCUAUGACAACGCCGCCUCGGCUCAAGCGGCGAUACAGGCCAUGAACGGCUUCCAAAUAGGUACAAAGAGACUCAAAGUUCAAUUGAAACGCUCUAAAGAACUGUCGAGACCGUAU